AGCGGUGGCCGGUCGCCUCAGACCCCCGCUCAGGAGGGAGCGGGCGGUACUAGGCGAGAGGGGCUGCGUUUUCGCAGCACUCGGCUCCUGCCGUCUUCCAUUCCUCCUCGGCCGCCUGAGGAGGAGCGACCAUGUCGGUCGUCUUCUACCUCCUCUCCACGCUGGGCGGCUACCUCUUCACUUCGGCGCUGCUGCUGAAGUACCCGGGCUUGCUCCACCGACCCAAGCGCCACCGCUUCCGAUGCCGGCACAUCUCCCACCGCGGCGGUGAGGGCGGCCGCUGGGCGUCGUUGUCUUCAUGGGCUGGAGAGAAUCUGGAAAAUACCAUGGCAGCCUUUCGCCAUGCAGUCGACGUUGGGACCGAUAUGCUGGAACUUGACUGCCACUUGACGAAGGAUGAGCAAGUCGUCGUGUCUCAUGACGAGAAUCUGAAACGGUCGACCGGGGUUGAUGUCAAUAUAUCAGACCUCGAAUACUCGGAACUCCCACCGUACCUCUGCAGAUUGGAUGUAACAUUCCAGAAAGAGUGCCAUUGCGAAGGUGAAGACAAGCGCAUCCCCCUCCUGAAAGAGGUAUUUGAGGACUUCCCCCACACUCCUGUCAACAUAGACAUCAAGGUGAACAAUGACGUACUGAUUAAAAAGGUCUCAGAGUUGGUGAGCCUUUACAAGCGAGAACAUCUGACGGUUUGGGGCAACGUCAGUCAUGAGAUAGUUGAAAAGUGUCACAAAGAGAACGCCCACAUCCCUAUCCUCUUCUGCUUGCGACGUGUCCUGCUCCUCCUCGGCCUGUUCUAUACUGGCCUCCUGCCUUUCUUUCCCAUCCUGGAGGAGUUCUUGGAGAUUCCUAUGCCUUCCAUCAUUCUCAAGUUGAAAGAAUCAGAGAAGAUCUCAAGGAGCCAGCGGUUUACAAUAUGGCUUACUGACGCAUUGUUAAUGAGGAAAGCAUUAUUUGACCACCUCACUGCUCGAGGAAUUCAGGUGUAUAUCUGGGUCCUCAACGAAGACGAAGAGUACCAGCGAGCGUUCGAUUUGGGCGCGACAGGCGUGAUGACGGAUUACCCCACGAAGCUGAAGAACUUUUUGCACACCUACACGCCUGGGCAGCAGAAAGACAAGGAAGGGUAGUUCUUGCAAAGAGGAAGGGGGGAGAGUACACAAUCCCCGGACAGCGCCAAGCCAAGGAGGAGCAGCAGCAACACCCCCCCUCCGACACACCGGCACCCUCCUGCCUGAACUUUUCAGUGACAUGCGCUCACCCGACAAUGAGACGUAGAUGCAGCUGGGUUUUAUUACCUCAUUCUUAAGUCAUUACACCUCUUAGAGAUUGCACACAGCUAUAUUUAUUUUAAAAUGUAAGCGGCAUAGUUGUUAUGUAAAUAGCUUGAUGGGCGGGUGUUGCACCCUGGUCCGACGAGACGUCUCUAGGAAGGAACCUGCCGACAGGGCGAUUCCUAGAGGUGGUAGGUGUAACUUAACCGUAUUCGUUGCUAGCUCAGAUUCCACCAAGUUUGCACAUGGGAAACAUUCCAGCGGGACACUUUUUAAAAAAUAAUAAUAAUAACAAUAAUUUUACUUUGUUGCCUACUCUGUGUAAAAUGUUCUUAGUGGACUGGCUGACGCAGCCGUAAUUGUCACGUUUUCUUAGUGAGGCAGAAAGAGGAAAAGAAGGAAGAGCUGGAAAACCGGACAAGCUGGACCUUUUUCUCUGCUAAAAGCCCCUGUCUGACAUCCAUGUUUUAUUUGCUGUGGACAACUGUGAAGAGGGGGUGAUGAACUGUUCCCCAAUGGCUACUCCCCCACCACCCAAAUCUGGUAGGCUGCUCUAAGCACUGUUUGACGGCAGACACUGUUUGCUCCAUGCGCCAUUCCUGCCUCUUGAGCAGGCUAUCUGGCCACAGCAAAUCUUGGCCAGGGAACUCAUGGCGGCCAGUCCUCUAGCAUAACUCAUGAAAGUUAGCCUUCUUUUAUGGUGUGUGUGUGUGUGUGUGUGUGUGUGUGUGUGUGUGUCCAACAUCGAACCCUAAAACUAGCAAUAGUGCUGUUUGUAUUAAUGUAGGGAUGUCUUGGCCAGUUUGUUGUACGUACUGCCACAUUUUUUUAGCCUGAAGCAUUUUUGGGAAGGGCUCGCACUGCAGUCAUUGACUCCGAGUGGGAGCAGAAGACAUAUAACAGUAAGAUGUGACACCACUUUUCAGGGGCUGAUGGUAUCAAAAGCUGCAACCUUUUUUCCCACCUGGCCUGAAUUCAGAAUGUAGAAUAAGCUAUAAUUCUUGUAGAUUCCAGGCUCACCUGCCUCAAUAGUCAUAAGCCUAGUAGCACAUGCCACAUUUUGAACCAAGAGGCUGAAAUUCCCAAAACAAAGCCUCCCUAAUUGACUGGCAUACGUAGAAAGAGGUCUCUGCACUUUGUACCACUGUUGGGACACUGUUGCCUCCCCAGGAGAGGUCUGGCAUAAGAAUUCCUGGAGCAAGUGCUGGAUCCAAGGAAAGCUCUUAAAUUCGCCUCUGCAAGUGCGCUUUGGUUAACUGAGCUGGUCUCCACUCCCAUGCACAAGGAUGUCUUCUGACCUACUGACAUCUAGAGAAAAUAGCAUCACGUUUACUUUAAAAUAAGUCAAUGUUUUAAAUAUAAGGGGGUGGCAAGCCACAGAAGAAAGGUAUGGAAAACCAGUGCAGUUCAAGACCUAGACCUAGGUUCAAAUAUCCGCUUGAUUAAAAUAAAAAGUAGCUGGGAUAGUUUAGAGCAGUCACAAUCUCUCAGCCUAACCUACCUCACAGGGCAGUUAUGAGGAUAACAGGGUAUUUUUUAAAGAAAAACAAUGGCACUGUAGACCACCCUGAAUUCUUUGGAGGGAUUUGAUACAAACUGUGACUUUAAAAGGCCUUUAAAGUGUAAGCGUUGAAACUGUAGCAUGUAUAUUCCGAAGUACACUUCUGUGUCGCCUCUCCUAAAUUUAGCUUAAACUGUACUGUGAGGGACGUAGCGGUCUCUGGGUCAGCGAAUUAAAAAAAAGAAAGAAAAC